CCCAACUUACAGACAGUCGUACAAAGAGCCCUUCGCAAAGAAACAACAUCAGACAUUUUCUUUCAGCCAUGGAGCGAAGAUCAUCUGUACUACUCCUAGGGCUUCUUCUGCCCUUUUUCCUUGCAACGAAUCAUUGCAUAGACGCUGCUACUUUCACCAUCAAGAACAACUGUCCCUACACGGUGUGGCCUGCGACAUUGACCGGAAGCGGUUCCCAGCUGUCAACUACUGGGUUUGAGCUUGCAUCUGGGGCGUCAAACGCCAUUGAUGUUCCAAACCCAUGGUCUGGCCGGGUCUGGGGGCGGACAUCAUGCUCCACGGACGGCUCGGGUAGGUUCACCUGCCAGACAGGGGACUGUGGUUCCGGCGUGGUGGCGUGCAAUGGUGCUGGUGGAGUUCCACCGGCAUCUCUGGCGGAGCUGACCCUGGUUGCAGGUGGGGGCCAGGACACUUACGACAUCAGCCUUGUGGACGGGUUCAACAUCCCCAUAUCGAUUACUCCUCAGGGCGGAUCGGGCGGGUGCAGCUCCACGAGUUGCCCAGCCAACGUAAACUCGGUCUGCCCGGCAGAGCUCUCAGUGAAGGGGACCGACGGUAAUGUGAUUGCUUGCAAGAGCGCGUGUGUGGCCUUCAAUGAGCCACAGUAUUGCUGCACCGGGCAGUUCGCCUCUCCGCAGACCUGCCCGCCGACGAGUUACUCGAUGAUUUUCAAGAACCAGUGCCCCCAGGCCUAUAGCUACGCCUACGACGACUCGACCAGCACGUUCACUUGCAGCGGGGGAGCUAACUAUCUCGUCACCUUCUGCCCUUGAUUGAAGAUAAUAUAAUAUGUCACGAAGGGAUGUAGUGCAGUAACACUCACCAUCGUCUAUGAAUAAAAAGGUUUUUUCAGUCAUAAAUAAAGAGAUUUCUUUCGGUAGACAUAAAUAAAGAGGUUUUAGGUUCGAGCGUAAUUACCUCUUUAUCUUUUAUUUAGUUUUCUAUUUCCUUGUAUUACGCAUAUAGCCUCCCAUAAAACUGAUCACCAUCGUCUAUGAAUAAAGAGGUUUUUCGGGUCAUAAAUAAAGAGAUUUCUUUUGGUAGACAUAAA